AUGGUGAUGCCCUACCGGUUUCUCCUCCGGCGCUGCCAGUCUACGGCCCCGGCUGCCGGGUGGUUCCAGGACUUCGACACCCCGCCGGACUGGGACCUGGUAGAUGAGCUGGUGCUGCACAUGCCGGCAGCCCCGUCGGCCCUGGCCGAGCACCUGGUCGAGGAUCGCCAUGAUGGCCGGGAGCUCUUGCAAACCUGUGUCAUCUGCCUGUCGACGCCCUUUGCCGCGCGCAUCACCCCCUGCGGGCAUAUCUUCUGCUAUACCUGCCUCCUGCGCAUGCUCCUCAUCCAAAAUGGCUACUUCGCUGGCGACGACUUCCGGUCGCCGGUGGCCGACGCCGCCUGGGCUGCCAAGCGGGUGUCCUGCUUUUGCCCCGUCUGCUCGCAGGUCUUUUCUCUGGGGGACAUCCGUCCGGUCCGCCAGGCGCCGGAUGUCUUUCCGCCGCCCGCUGUGCCCGGGACUCUGGCCGAUGGGGCGGACUUGCCCACCGCCCAAACCUACUGGGCCGGGCUGCUCCCCUCUUCGGGCCUCGCCACGCCGGCAUCCGGCCUGGCCAGCUCCGGCCACACCGAGGACUUGUCCCCCUCCGGUCUCCCCUCCGAACAUGCUGCCACCCCUGAUGGCCAGGCCCCUGCCGAGGCCAUGGCCGGGCCUGCCGAUGACGAUGCUGCUCCAGGUGGUGUCGAUACUUCGGCACAUGGCGCGGCGCCCCUCGCCCCGUGUACCGAGUCGCCUGAGCCUGCCCUCGACUCUCCUUCAUCUGCCCCGGAGACCGAUGCGUCUGCCACCAUGGCCCAUGCACCUGCCCCAAAGCCCGGCACCUCGAGCAGGGAGACCUCGCCCAAGCGCCCGGCCCAUUUGCCAGCCUUCCCGCUUGUGGAAUUUACUCUGAUGACUCGGCAUCGGGACAAUCGCCAAGCCCUGCCUGUUAGCCUUGCUACCUACGAGCGCCAGCAAGAUCGCCUCCCCUACGCCAAUACGUAUCUCCACCGGGAUGCCCCCACCGAUCGAAAUUACCGGAUCCGCAGCUUCGGCCAGGCACGGCUCUUCGCCCAAAUGCAGAUCACCUCGCCGGAGAUGCGCCUUGCCCGCCUGGCGCGCGACCUGGACGAUCUGUCUGCCCUGUUGGCCGAGUCUGCCGGCACCCCGGACGAGUUCAUCAACACCCAGCUGGCCGACUUGGCCCUGAAGCAGAUGCUUGAACUCGAAGCCGGGGACCUGGACUACCUGCUGAUGGACAUCCUCGGCUGCCAUGACAGCUUGGCCGCCCUGCCGGACACCGUGCGACUGACCAACGCCGCCAUGGCCCACGUGCGGGAGGCAUUGCACGAUGCCGAGGCGUUGGAAUAUCCCGCGCCCAAUCUCGGGCCCGGAUUCAGCCGUUCCACGGUGGCUACCCUGGGUGGCCUGCUGCUGGAGCAUGCUCACCGCCAUCCGGCGGAGAUCCCCGAAGGGGGGGAGCCAGCCCCGCCGGCGUCGGGGCAGCCCCGGCGCCAGGGUGCUGCCAAUGCUGUGACCUCCGCCAGUGCCGCCGCCAUCGCCGCGGGGGCUGGCUCUUCGAGUGACGGGGAAACCCUGUACUUCUACCAGAGCUCCUGUGGUCGGCCCAUUUUCAUGCAUGGGCUCUUUUUCGCCGCGCUCACGAGCGUCGUCGGUGGCGACCCGGCCCAGCUUCCCCCGCGGCUGCUUGUGCCUGUCUCCCAUGUGGAUCACCAGUCGCAGACCUAUGAUUCCCGCAACCGUCUGAAGAACCUCGCACACUUGCCCUACGGCGCGAGCUUCUACACUUGCGGGCUUUCCCUGCGCUCCGGCCGUUCCAGGUCCCGUCUCAAUAAUGAUCACUCCACCAGCAAUCCCCCGGCCGGCAAGGCCAAACGCUCCUCCCGGGCACGUAGCCAGCGUUCCGAGCGCGCGCUCCUCGUGAAUGACCUGUCCGGGGACUUCUUCGAUGCCGAUGACUUCGUCCCCUUCGGCCGGGCCGGACCGGUGUACGAUUCUACCGGGUCGCUGCGUAGCGCCGGGGCCCCGAGCACGCGCGGGCGUCCAUCAACCGGCGACCCUGCCCCCCGGUCGAGGCACCGGAGCCGCCACCAGCCCAUCGAGAAUGUCAAGUACAACCGCCUCCUGGCCAGCAUGCAGCAGGCGCAAAAGCUAUCCCUUCGCAAGCGCCUGGCCCUGGGGGGUGAUGGCGGUGCUGACGGCCCGCCGCCGACGCAUUCGCGCGACGCGCCGCUCAUCUCCCUCGAAGAAGCCAUGCCCGGGUAUUCGGAGGUCCUGGAGUCCAUCCAGCUUGCCUCGAGCCUGUCCCUGGACAAGGACUUCCCCGACACGCUGCAUGAACACCUUGGCAGGCAGUCGCCAUCGGCCGGCGGGCGUGGGCGCUCUGCCCCGGUGGCCGCCCCCUUGGUGGCCUCACAGGGCUCCUACGCCCUGCUGGCACGCGGCCCAGGCGCACGCAUGAGCCAGUGGGAGUCCCUUUCCUCGCGAGACCAGCCCGGUGCCGGCUCCUCCUCGGGCUCGAGGGGGGCCGCCGCGACGGCCGCCCCCCCAUCGGGCCCCCGUCCGGCGGCCGGGGUUUGGAAGGCCCGCGCCCGGGCAUCGGACCCGGCGGCCGGCGUGGAUCCGGCACCCGGCGGCCCCCCUCGGCCACACGGUGACUCGGUUUCCGAGGAUCCGGGCGACGUCGGCACUGGCGGCCCGAGCAGCGGCCGUACUGCCGCUCCGGCGGCACGGAUUGGCCGCCAAAAGUCCCGUCAGACUGACCUGACCCAUUUGUUCUUCUGA